AUGUCCAGCCGCGUCUCCAGGCUCUUUGCAGUCCUGCCCUCAUCCUCGAUCCGAUAUAAUUCUUCUAUCAACUUCACGUUCAUCCUGCGAACAGAGUGUGGAGUGAGUUUCGUGACCAGUGUGAGGAUCGUUGGUGGGGUGAGCACUGUUCCUGGAGAGUUCCCGUGGGUGGUGUCUCUUCUCAGAACGGGAGCCACCCCACACCAGUACUGUGCAGGAGUACUGCUCUCCAACACCCAUGUCCUCACCGCUGCCCACUGCAUUGAUGGGUUUGACCAGAGGACCAUCUGGGUACGAGUUGGGGAGCAUGACUUCAGCAGGGAGGGAGAGUCACAGCAUGUGAACAUACGGGUAGCAGACUUCCGCCUACACCCUGACUUCGACAGUAAUACCUUUAGCAACGACAUUGCUCUGCUGGUGCUGGAGCGACCUGUCGUUUACUCCAGCUAUGUCCGACCCAUCUGCCUCCCUCCUCCCAACAUUUCGUUCACCGGGGAUAUUGUCACUGUUGUAGGUUGGGGAGCCAUCAGGUAUCAAGGACCACUUUCAUCGGUUCUGCAGAAAGUGGAGCUGCCUGUCUGGUCCAACAGUGACUGUGAUGAAGUCUACGACCAACCCAUCAGAGAUUCCAUGAUCUGUGCAGGUUUUCCUGAAGGUGGCCGUGAUUCUUGUCAGGACGACAGUGGAGGACCCAUGAUGAAGACAGUUAAUGGAAAGUGGGUGGUGGUGGGCAUUGUGUCGUUCGGUACUCGCUGUGCUCAGCCUGGCUUCCCUGGAGUCUACACUAGGAUCAACAGCUUCCUGGACUGGAUCAGAAGCAAUGUUUAG